AUGGCAAAAAAUGUGAAGAAAGUAGAAAGGAAGGAUGGUAAGGAGGAAAAAAAAAAUACAGCAAAUAAAAAGAAAAGUGACUCAAAAGAUCAGGCUCACAAUAAAUUAAAAAAUAAAUCCAAAGAAAAUGAAAAAAAGGGGAAGGAAAAAAAUGGUAAGAAUAAGUCGGUAUAUGUGGAAAAUCAAUCGACCCAAAAGGAUAGCAAAUUGCAGACACGGGUAGAAAAGGAACCCCAAAAAGGUGCCGAAAAAAAAGUGGAAAAAAAAGUAGAAAAAAAGGAAAGCAAAAAGACAGGAAAAAGUUACUCCCACGAUAAAGGGAAACCCGUGAAGAAUAAAAAUGUAAACUUUAGACAGUCUGAAAUAGGGAAACAAAAUGAAAGUUUUUUAUGCUGCUUUUGUUGUGGAGGUAAUGAGGAAGAAUUAGGUGAAGUACGUGUUAAUGAUGCAGAAUUAAAAUUGUUGGAUAUGAAAAAACAAUUAUUAGAAGAGGAAGAGGAAAAAAAAAGAUUAAAGAUGCUAGAGGAAGAAGAAAAAAAAAGGCGGAUAAAAAUUUUAGAGGAAGAAGAAGAAGAAAAACGACGACUAAAAAUGUUAGAGGAAGAAGAUGAAAAAAGGGAAUUACCAAUGUUAGAGGAUGAAGAUGAGGAAAAAAGACAAUUAGAAACAUUGGAGGAAGAAGAUGAUGAAAUAGCAUCCCAGAAAAAGAAGGAGACAGUGUUAGUAAAUAAAGAAAUGAAAGUAAGGUUAUUUACUAAAAAAAAAGCAAAAUUAAAUUUUCUUGGAGCAGCAGCUGCACCUAGCCCUCCUGAAGAAAAACAUUGUGUUGGUCCUCCACCAGAAGUAAGAAAAACAAAAGUAAAUGUAAGUGAAGGUAUAUAUUUAAUUUAUAGUAAUGAAAAUUAUGGAAAAUUAGAAAUACAUUAUUCGAAAACUGGAAUGAAAGGAAGUGGAGUAUUAGCAUAUAUAUCAUCCGACACAAUUCCCGAUUUUUAUUUUGAUCAAAAACAUUCUAAACAAAUUAUAUUAAAAAAUAUUUCAACCAAAAUGACAAGUGGCUAUUCUAAUGAUUUAAAACCUUAUUAUGAAUGUUAUAUAGAAUUUAUAAAAUUAAAAAAAAAAUUUAAUGGAACAUUGUACUUUCUGCCCGCUUUUGAGGCUCAACCUCCUCCCCAUCUGGACAUUAUUUUUUUUAACACCCGAGAAAAAAAGUUAAACUAUGCCCCGAUAGAGAAGCCAGUCGAAAUUUCCGGAGACAUUCUUUUUGUCAUACAGAAGGGAUUGAAAAUAUUUAAAGAGGAAGUAGAAGUUGAGAAGUUGUGUAACUAUAUGAAAUGUUAUGGAGCUUUAUUAAAUUUGUCUUAA